AUGGCAGCAGUACUCGUUCAGCACGUCGCCGCGGUGUUGUCACACGCGCUGGGGUAUGGCAAGGAGAUCGCCUGCUUCUUGCUGCAAGCGCGGGCAGACAACAACAAGGCAUCCGAGAACGUGCAAGCCACGCCUCUGCAUGAGGCAUCCUACCACGGCCACCUUGAGAUCGUGCGCCUGUUGGUGGAUUCUGGAGCCGACAAGGAUCAGGCCAACGCCUCAGGCACCACCCCACUUAGCCAUGCCUGCCGCUUUGGGCAUGUGGACAUCUGCCGCUUCUUGGUGCAGGCGAGGGCGGACCUGAACAAGCCUGACCAUCUGGGUGACACUCCCCUCUUGCGGGCUUCAGGCCACGGCCACCUCGAGAUUGUCAGCUUCUUGGUGGAAGCAGGCGCAGAUGUUCCCGACGAUGCGGCCGCCUGCAAGGUCGCGGCAGCCGAAGCAGUGGACAAAAAGGCAUGCUUCGUCCGAGGCGCUGGUGCUGCGGCCCCGCUUGGCUCCUGGGCUGAAUCCUCCUUUGAGGUGCUGACCAACGCCUCCGACGAGGGCCUGGAGCUGGACCUCAAACAAAGCUUCCCGGCGCCACUUCCGGCGGGCCAGUCCAUGGUGCAUCACUGGCCAGUCUCAGCUGGGGACUCCGACGCGCCAACCUGUGUCGUGCGGUUUCGGCCAACCUCGUCCGCUUCCUACGCGUGGUCCGGCAAAGUGCUCUGCGGUGAUGCCACCGCAGGCGGCACAUCUUUCGCGAUUCCUACAGGCCAGAUGGCCCUGCCAAAGAAGGCCGGCAAGCAGAUUGCCGAGAUGUGGACCGUCGAGGUGUCCCCUGCUCGCGGCGCGGUGGCCGUAACCUUCCGGAAGCACUCGGCUUUUGUCGCUGCCAACCGCUCCACUCACAUGCGUGCCUGCAUGGAAUUGCGUCCGAGGGGCCUAGAGGCCUGCCUCAGCAACUUCAUCGUGCGGUCUGGGGAGGACGUCGAGUAUGGCUGGUCCGAGCCACAUCAGGAUGGGCCAAAGACGAGCCACAGCGUCGACAUCUUCUUGCACGUGAACGGGUACAAUGGCCAGCAGACGAAGAAGAUUGAGGUCCCUGACGUCCGACGUACCCAGCACCUGAACCACCGAGAGCUGGGCCUGACACUGACUCUGGGUCAGACAGGAACUGGCUCCAUGCUGAUGCUGGAAGAUCUGAAGGAGGUCCGACGCUCCGGGCAAGAGAGCCCGCCCAAGGCUGCGGCGAACCUGGGCCCGAGCUCCACGAUGCACCUCGAGGUCAAGAUCAGCAAAGCGGGCAUCUCCAUUAUCGAGGAGAAGCCUCCACCAGGCGAGCUCCGCCCCCGGGAGCUGUUGUUCUGCAACCUCGACCUGGUGCGCGUUGACUGGCAGAAGGACUAUCAGGCUCAGACGCUGAAGCUCGCCAUCUCGGGUGCGCAGGUGGAUUGUCAACUUCCGGGCCGCAGCGACGGCGAGGCGGAGUGGGGAGAGAGGGCGUUCUGGCAGAUGCCCAAAUUUUUUUCUGGGCCACCUCGGGAGAAUUCUGUGCUUGCAGAUGUGCUCAAGCUCUGGGUAUCAGGGACAGGCUGUGACAGAGCCAUGAACAUGGAGCAGCCGUUCAGCCGGCAAUUGGAUACCCUCCUGGCAAACGUGAGAGAGGAUAUCCUGCAGCAGCAUGAGCACCACAUGACUGUCCAAAGACUUCGCAUGCGGGCCUUGGUCAGCAAGUCCGCGGAGUUUUCGUUCCGCUUGGAUAGGCCGCCUGAUGUGAUCCGGGCACCAGGUCCCUGGAGGAAGUUGCAGCCUUGGGACUCGGAGCAAUCCUGCAGAAGCUCCACUCGCUCAAGGGGCUCCAAAGAGAGGCUGGCUGCACGCCCUCACGAAGAAGGCCCUACAUUGAAGGUCACUGAGCGCGUGUCAGCAGCGGAUGUGAACGAAGUGGAGAGCCUCGAGCUUGCGCCCGAGCGCCAUCCGGUUCCAGCGCUGGGAGAUCAACCCAAGAAACUUUUCGCCAGUGCCUUCACCAAGCCCGAAAACCCUUCAAUCGAUACCCAGGAAGGCUCGUUCCGUAGCCUCGCCGGCGAUGACUUUGGCAGACAGACAUCCAUGGAAUCCAUUGAAGAAUCUGGAGAGUACGUGGAGGCCACUGCAUCAAUUCCAACCAUUCCUGGCUUGACAGAUGCGGAAGACGAGAAGAAGUUGCAGACGGGAGAUGAGAAAUCAGCUACAUUCAAGGCCAUGCGGCGCGAAUCGGAGGAGAGCAAACGGGGCUUCGAUAGCAAUGGAUCUUUGCCAUCCUUCUUCAAAGCGCCAGCGACCGGAACCUCGCAGUGGAAGGUUUUUCUGCAAGACAGCGAGUCGAGCCUUUCAGCGAACCGCUUCGCCAGGGUGUGGAACCUGUUCAUCCUUCUCACCGUCUUUUUCUCCUUGACGCAGGCCAUCGAGUCACCCGUGCUUGCAGGCGAGGCUGUGGGCUAUGUGGAGGUGGUUAUCGAGACGCUCUUCUUUAUCGAGCUCUUGGCCCAUGUUGUGCUGGAGGUUCACAAGGUAGCUCUUUUCCGAGAUCCUCAUUGCUAUAUUGACACGGCAGCUGUGCUGCCGAUCAUUCUACGGGUUGAGGCGGGCUUCUCCUUGCCUGCUCUCACGGAGCGGCCCUUCAGUCACUACGUUUUGGUUGGCGUUGUUCCCACGAUGCGUCUGCUGAAGCUGACGCGCAGAUUUGGCAAACUCAGCUUGGUCUCGCACGCGCUCAGCACCACGGGAGAUGCAUUGAAGUUGCUGCUUUUUCUCAUAUCAGUGAUCGUGUUAAGCUUCUCUACUUUGAUGUACAUCGUCGAGCACCCCGACAAUGUCGACUCCUUGAGCACUGCUAUGUGGAUUUGCACUGUCACUGUGACAACGGUCGGGUAUGGAGACGUCACUCCUACGACGAAUUUAGGGCGGAUGCUCGCAGGGGUCCUUUGCUUUCUGUCCGUCCUUUUCAUGGCCAUGCCCAUCUCGGUCCUCGGAAAUGCCAUGACACAUGCUUGGGCAGACCGAAGCCGCAUUCUGUUGAUGACCCGGACGCGCCAACGACUCAAGAGCUAUGGCUAUGAAGCUAGUGACAUGCCGUCGCUUUUCCGUAAGUUUGAUAGCAACGGCAAUGGCGAGCUCACGAUGGAUGAGUUCUGUGACAUGAUCUCAAAGAUGAAUGUUGGCAUUCGGCCAUCAGAGGCUGAGGAGUUGUUCGAGCUCUUCGACGCAGAUGCGAGUGGAGGUAUUGAUGACAGAGAAUUCAUGAAGGCCUUGUUCCCUGAUGACUAUCGCAGACUCUAUAUGAGAACCACGACCAUAGCGCCCAUCGUGCUCAUCAGCGGCAGCGAUGAGGGCCCAUUAAAGGCGGCCCUUCGCCGUGGCGACGAGGUGAGCAGCCAGCUCCAGGAGUGGCCUGCCGUCGUUUUGGCCAACCGGGGAGAAGGCGACAAGGCCUUCCUGGUGCUGGAGCUGAAGCGCGGAGUGUCGUCUUCGGGUGACUAUUUGUUGCCUUUUGUGAAGAUUGCGAUGGAUUCCGUAGAUUUGACCAUUGAUGAUGGCUGGCUGGAUCCACUCCAGUCCUGGGCGGACCAGUUUCGAAGUGGCGCCUCGAUGCGUCGAGGCUUCCGAUUCGCAGAUGUGUCCAAAGUGGCGGGACGGCCGAUUCUGGAAGGCUACGAGCCGCCGCCCCUUCCGGCUGUCGUCCAGGUGGACAACUUCUUCAUCUCAAAGGUCGAGUUUACUGUCUGGUGCGCGCUGAAGCUCCGCACGGUGCGGUUCCUCCCGCAGUGGAUACGCACAGCCAUCCGAAUGCUGUCCUUCUCUGGUCAGCUCACCCUCGACUGCGUUGAUCUGAAGCUGCCGGAGCGGAACAUCCCUCCGCACCGCGGCUCCCUCAAUGACUUCAUCCGCGGGCUGGGCGCAAUGUAUGCAAUGAAUCUGCUCAGCCAUGCUGGGGCCGUGCUGGGAAAGAGCUCUGUUCUGAACCUGCCACGCGUGCCGCUGAGGAUCCUGAUGACCGGGAGCAGCUAUGUGACUGAUUCGUUCUCCUUGAUGACUGGCGAGGCUGCCUCGUUGCUCAGCACCCUGACGCUGGAUGAGGAGUACAUUGCCCGUCAGAGGCAGAUCCGAAACGCCAAGCAGAUCGAGAGCAUCCAAGAUGGACUGGCUGAAGCCGGAAAGUCUUUGCAAGAAGGAAUGGAGGGCCUGGCAGACAUCGUCCGGGAGCCGAUGAAGGGCGCUGAGCAGGAUGGCGUUGCAGGCUUCUUCGCCGGGUUGGGCAAAGGCCUCGUGGGCUCCUUCGUGAAGCCGGUUUCCAACGUUGGCAUCGCUAUCCGUGACGUGGGAUCAGGCAUUGCAAGCACCAUCAAUCCGGACACCAAUGCCACGAAGCGCCGGCGGCGGCGCUUCCGUGAGAGGCAGCCCCGCCUGCUCUUCGGGAAGCUGGGUGUCGUUCGCCCCUGGUGUGAACUGGAGGCGCAGCUCAACAAGCAGAUCGGUGAGCUGCUGGUGUAUGGUAUCGAGGAGGUGAUACCACUGACGUCUGGCACGAGGACGAAGAAGCUGGUCCUCUGCCUCUACCCAGAGCGAAUGAUGAUCGUGGAGCUGAGGUUUGGGGAUCCUCGUGGCGGCCACGAGGCAAUGUCGUCUACCAGUGCGGCGGCGUUGGAUCGUGAUGAGGCCGUUGACAUCUUCCAAGCGGUGGAUGAGUCGGCGGUAAAGAUCGCGUCUCAAGUCCUCAAGCCAAUCAACGCGGCGGUUUAUUGCUGCGAUGGCAUUCAGCACAGCCUCACUGGCCAAGGGGGCGAGGCGUUGGUCGGUCCAGACCCCGAGGUAUUGCGGCGAGCGAUCCGGGGGGAGUGCCACUUCAAGAACAUCCGGGACAUCCAGACUUCAGCUGCGGGAGGCUUCCAGAUGCAGCUUGAGGAUAACCAAGGCAACACAUACGUGCUGCCAAUGUCGGCGGCUGGCUUCUCCCAACAGGCUUGGGACGCACUGCUGGAAGGCCUCACUGCUGCUGUGAAGAGUCCGCAAGGCAUCGCGAACUGGGACGACCUGUCAGCUGCUUUGCACGAGGAUCGCACCCGCGGCAAGGAGCAGGAGCGGCAGCCUCUGGGAAAUGGCAAGUCAGGCGGCGGCGUGGGGCAACGAGUCCUGGAGGUGUUCGAGGUGGAGCGCUUCAACGUGGUCUCCAAACGUUGGCUGACGCCUUUCCUCCCGGUGGACACGGAGAUGAGCUGGAGGUGGUUGGACUCCACCGGAUACCGGCACCCUCACCUUGUUCCGACGACUUCUGAGGAGUGCGCCAAGCGGACCCAGCCUCCGAUCGAGCUUGACCGGGGCCUGUACCAGCCGACUACGACCUGGCGGGUGGACAAGCACGCAGGUACGGACGAUGAGGGCUGGAUGUAUGGUAAUGGCAUGGCCUGGAACGUCUCCACCUGGGAGGCAAAGGCCGGUACGUUCGACUUCUUCCGGCGGCGCCGCUGGACCCGGACCUACACGUGA